AUGGUUGCUUAUUUGAAUAAGGCAAAGGAUUUAUUAGCACAGUUUGAGAAGUAUACUCUCCAGCAAGUACCUCAUGAUCAGAAAUCAAAUGUUGAUGCCUUAGCCAAGUUAGUAAGCGCCAAAGAUGCUGACGCUUUGAGCAUAUUACCAGUCGAACAUUUAUUGGCACCAAGCAUUCAACCAGAAGAAUCCUCGCUAAUUAUACAAGUGUCUGACACAUGGGUGACUCCCAUCAUACAAUAUCUCGAACAAGGAUUAAUACCAGCUGAUAGGAAUAAUGCAAGGACGCUUCAAAGACAAGCGGCUCAGUUUAUUUUGAUGAUGGAGUCUUGUAUAGACGAGGAUACUCAAUGCCUUUAUUACGGUGUGUCUCUAAGGAAAAGGCUAAAGAAUUGA